AUGGACUUCUGCUUCUUUCUCAUUGGAUUCAAGGAGUUCAACAAACAGUUGCCGGAAGUCGGCCACAUCGCCUGCUACUGUGGCCACUGCCACAACCAGGCAGCCUACGCGUUCCGCACCAUCAACUGUGUCACCUUGUUCUUCAUUCCCGUGCUUCCGUUCUACUUCUCCAAGAGGAUAAAGUGUCUGAUCUGUGGCACGUCAGGCGACAUCGACCAUAAUGUGCUUGAGCGCAUGAAGGCCGGCCAGCCAGUGGCCAUAGGCUAG